CUUUUACACCUUGAGAUUCAGAGGUGUGUGUACAUCUCUCUGAUGAGCGAAAAGCGGUUCCUCUCUCGCCUGUUCUUCCUUCUCUGAACCCCGGGUUGAACCAGAGAACCCCACCAAAACCAAAGCCCCAAAUCGGAUCGGCUCUCAGCCCUCGGCGAUCGCAUUGCACAUCGCCACCCGCCCCCCGCCUCUAACGCCGGGUCGCCCGCCGUUCCCGUUCUUCCUCGUCAGGACGUCUCCACCCCGUCCGCAGUCGACUCUGCCCAUUGGGGUUUUGAGGAUUCAAUAUGGGGAGGAAUGAUUCAGAUGAUGAAUACUCAGUGGCUGGUGAUAAGCCAGAAGUAGAGUUCAUGGAUUUCCAGAAUGAUAACACUCUUCAGGAUUAUCAGUCUGAUGAUGGUCCUGUGGUUGUUACGGCUCCUUUCCCUUUUGUGAAGGGCAAGCCUAAAUCUGUCCUUGUUGGAGAAACAUCUGCGGACACCAUUUGCUUAGAGAAUACCUCUUCUGAACCUUUAAAUUUGUGGAGUGUGAGAAUUUUCUCUUCAAACCCAGAAGAUAGUUAUGUGUUGUCAAUGAUGAGACCACCACUGAAUGAUGCUGAUGAGGAGGCAAAGAAGGCUUUUCUUGGGUUGACUUCUGUGGAAGAUCGUACACUUCAGCCAGGACAAACCCUUACAAUCUGGUUGUCCUGUAAGCCAAAAGAUAUUGGUUUACAUACGUCAAUUGUGCAUGUUGAUAUUGGUGAUGAGAAGAUCGAGCGUGUGGCUUUUCUAUUGGCAGAUGAUAACGUUUCAAUGGCCUUAUUUUCUGAUAAACCUUAUUACAGGGGGCGUGGCUCUCAGAGGAAGAAAUUUGAGUGUGCUACAUUUGUGCCAGGUAGCCGGCCGAUUCGGCAGCACACUCAAGGUUUCAAGUAUAAGUUACCCCAGUUUGCAAUACCUGCAGAGAUCCGUGAGCUCAUUGAAUGUAAACAAAGACCUGAUGUCCUAUCUGAAGAUCUGAGCAUGAUAAACUAUGCAAAAUUCUUUAGCACUCUUUUAGUCAUGGAAGAACUUCAUUUGGAGGAGGAGAUGAGAUCAUAUGACAUGGAGGGUGUCUCAAUGCGAAGGAGGGGUAAUGAAUUUUUGUCUCUUGAGGUCCCUGGUUUGGCAGAAAAAAGGCCCUCACUAGUCCAUGGAGACUUUAUAGUCGCUAGACAUGCUGGGAGUGAUGCUCGGCCUUAUCAGGGCUUCAUUCACAAGGUUGAAGCUGAUGAGAUAUUUUUGAGAUUUGAUGUUCAGUUUCACCACUCUCACCAUGACAGGAAUAAGUAUGAUGUUAGCUUCACAUAUAACAGAUUGAACAUGAGAAGGCUCUACAAGUCUGUCCACGAGGCAGAACUUACUGGACCUGACAUCCUAUUUCCCUGCCAAUCGCGUUAUAGAACUGUGAAAAAGUUGGCAUUUAAACCUCUGAACCCGGACAUAAACACUGAGCAAGCUGAUGCAGUUGGGAUGAUACUUGGCUGCCGAGGGGUUCCACCAUAUGUGAUAUAUGGACCUCCAGGAACAGGCAAGACCAUGACCCUUGUUGAGGCCAUUUUGCAGCUCUAUACAUCCAACAGGAGGGCAAAUAUUCUCAUAUGUGCUGCUUCCAAUAGUGCUGCUGACCAUGUAUUGGAGAAACUGCUAUGUGCUAGCUAUCUGAUCCGCGCAAGUGACAUCUUUAGGCUAAAUGCUCCAAGUCGGCAAUACGAGGAUAUUAAUCCUGCUUUUAUCCGGUUCUGCUUCUUCGAAGAUAUGGUGUUCAAGUGCCCUCCAAUGCAAGCAUUAAUGCGCUAUAAGAUUGUUAUAUCAACCUACAUGAGUUCAUCAACCCUACAGGCCGAGGGUCUUCGUCAGGGGCAUUUCACGCACAUUUUCUUGGAUGAGGCUGGUCAAUCUUCUGAACCAGAGGCAAUGGUUCCUUUGUCGGGGUUGUGUGGAAGAGACACCGUUGUUGUGUUAGCAGGAGAUCCUAUGCAAUUAGGGCCGGUGGUUUUUUGUAAACAAGCGGAUAAGGAUGGUUUGGGGAAAUCGUAUCUGCAAAGGCUGCUCUGUGACUUUGAGCAGUAUAAUGCAGGGGAUCCUAACUACGUAACAAAGCUAGUGAGGAACUAUCGGUGCCAUCCAGCUAUCCUAGAGCUACCAUCACAGCUUUUUUACGGGGGUGAACUGAUCGCCUGUAAGGAUGACAAAGUGUCAUCUACGUACGACUGCAUUGGCCUUCCCAACAAGUCGUUUCCUGUUCUUUUUAUUGGAAUUCAGGGAUGCGAUGAGAGGGAAGGCAAUAAUCCAUCAUGGUUCAACAGAAUUGAAGCUAGUAAAGUAGUAAAUAUCAUCAGGACUCUGACAAGUGAUGGUGAUGUUAGUGAAGCUGAUAUCGGGGUCAUUGCUCCAUAUCGUCAACAAGUUGUGAAGAUAAAGAAGGCUUUAGAGACAUUUGAAAUGCCUGACCUGAGAGUCGGAAGUGUUGAACAAUUCCAGGGCCAAGAGAGAGAAAUAAUAAUCAUCUCAACAGUCAGGUCGACGGUAAAGCAUAACGAGUUUGAUAAAUGCUUCAACUUGGGAUUCCUGAGCAAUUAUAGAAGGUUCAAUGUUGCAAUAACACGUGCGAAAUCGUUGCUCAUUAUUGUCGGAAACCCUCACAUUGUCACUAAGGAUCGGCACUGGGAUAAACUCCUGAGGUAUUGCGCAGACAAUGGUUCUUAUCAAGGAUGUCCACUUCCCCCACCCGAAGAAGAAAUCAGUUACUCAGGAUACAGUGACACCCGAGACCAGCCUGCUGGUGGUUGGGAGUACAACCAAGAAGAACCAGCAAACUACAUCCACAAUCAAGACCACCCCUCUGACCUUGGCUUCAGACAUGACAAUGGUCCAUUCUCAACCAAAAACGAAGUGGAGUGGUCUGAUGAGAAGUCAUAUGAAGACCACCAUUCACGCGACAGCACAUUAGCUGAACCUCAGGAGGAGAUACCAAAGCAGCAGCACGUCGAGGAAGAGGCUGGGCAGGAUCACGUGCAGCCCAACCAGUACUCAGUCAAUGACGACAGUAUGGUCCAGGAUACGUAUCCGCAGAAGUACAGUUUUCCUCCUGGCUGGUGCGACGUCUCGAACAUCCCAGCAACAGGCUGGGACUGACUGACCAGCGUUAUCGCCUUGUCUCCAUGACAAAUGUUCUUUUCUUAGAAACCAUAGCCGCUGGCAGAAUAAGCUGCGAUCGUCCUCGUGGAGCUAACUUCCAGGGCAUCGACUGCCUCCUGCGUGGAGACCUUGAACUCGCCUUCGUGGGACAUUAACUCUGAAUGUCUGUUGUCUUUGCUGCAUCUCUGUGUUUUUUAGGUUGCCAUGAACCAGAAUGUAGAUUGUAUGGUAUUGGUUGACGUGCUAUCCCCGUCCGGGAAAAGAAAUCUGGAUCUUGUCUUCUCAUCUGUUGUUCGUUCAGAUGUGUUUAUCAUCAUGUUUUUUACUCAGGUGACACUUGCUGUGAUGGGUGGGUUAAAACAGUGAGCAAAAAGAGGACAGGCGCAUGUGGGAGGCGUACAACGGCAAUCAGUACACGGUAGAACUUGGGCUGGUUUGUGAGUUCUGAUGGAGUAGCAACAAAAAAUCAUUGAGGUAGUUGUUGAUCAUGUAUUGCCUUUGGACAAACUCAUAAUGGCAAGGGAAUAUAUCAAGCACCAUUGCCUUGUUCAAAGUUCAAAA